AAAAUGGGAACAUUUUCAUGUUAAUCUCAGUCACAGGCGAAAAGUCUGACGAAAACGUUCCAAGAUGUUCAUAAGAAGUUUUUUAUUACUGCUUUGUAUUAGUAAUUUCCUUGUAGCUGAAUCAUGGCGAAAACCUGGCUGCCAUAGAAUGGGUCAUACCAAAACAAUAAGUAUACCCGAUUGCGUCGAGUUUAAAAUAACAACGAAUGCAUGUAGCGGAUACUGCGAAUCUUGGUCACUGCCAAGCAUCAUGUUGGGUUUCAAGAGACACCCCGUCACUUCUCUUGGACAAUGCUGCAAUAUAAUGGAGUCAGAAGACAUUCCUGUUAAAGUAUUAUGUUUGGACGGAGAAAGAAAUUUAAUUUUUAAGUCUGCCGUGACUUGUGACUGUUAUCAUUGCCAAAAAGAGUAAAUUUUAUGGUUCAUAUGCUUACU